AUGUUGUUGGUUGUUGUUGGUAAUUGGUCUCAUCAUUCUGUGGAUCCCUGUCACUCAUGUUGGCAUUUGUUGUUUGUACUUGGUUGUUGUGGUUCCUUAAUGAUAUUGGUACUAGGUUUCAUUAUGGUUAGCUCUUUUAUCGACCUGCACUUGUGA